CUGGCGCUAAGCGAUCUAUGUAGAUCUAGAUGUUUGCUGUCAUGAAGGGCGUUUACUUUUGCGGAAUAGUGAACAAGUGAAAAAGGUGAAAUUACUUUAAAACCACCAGUUUCGUGGAGAAGAAUAUAUUCGGACAUUAUUAUCAUAGGACUUGUUGUAAGGUAGCCAGCUUAGCUGGUCUUUAGAAGGAUGACGACAGACAUCAGCAUAGUGAGGUGGGACCCCACCUUGCAGCAAGAAAUAGUCGAAGAUUACGAAUACGACGGUGGAAAUUCUUCAUCGAGGCUCUUCGAAAGGUCUCGGAUAAAAGCAUUAGCAGACGAAAGAGAAAGCGUCCAAAAGAAGACGUUCCAAAAAUGGGUGAACUCCCACCUGGUCCGAGUCAACUCGCGCAUCGUAGACCUUUACACCGACAUGCGCGAUGGCAAAAACCUUAUCAAACUCCUGGAAGUCCUCUCUGGAGAACGACUGCCGAGACCGACAAAAGGCAAAAUGCGCAUUCACUGCCUCGAAAACGUAGACAAAGCACUCCAGUUCCUCAGAGAACAGCGUGUUCACUUAGAAAACAUGGGUUCCCAUGACAUAGUAGACGGAAACCCAAGACUAUCCCUAGGUCUCAUCUGGACCAUAAUCCUGCGCUUCCAAAUCCAAGACAUCACAAUCGAAGAAACAGAUAACCAAGAAACCAAAUCAGCCAAGGACGCUCUGCUUCUGUGGUGCCAGAUGAAGACGGCUGGCUAUCACAACGUCAACGUACGCAACUUCACCACAUCAUGGCGCGACGGUCUCGCUUUCAACGCCCUCAUCCACAAACACCGAGCUGACCUCAUCCAGUUCGACAAACUUUCCAAAUCCAACCCCAUGCAUAAUCUGAAUAAUGCUUUCAACGUAGCGGAAGACAAAUUAGGACUCACCAAGCUGUUAGACGCCGAAGAUAUCUUUGUCGAACAGCCAGACGAGAAAUCCAUCAUCACCUAUGUCGUAACUUACUAUCAUUACUUCAGCAAGAUGAAGCAGGAAACGGUGCAGGGUAAGCGUAUCGGUAAAGUCGUUGGUAUAGCCAUGGAGAACGAGAGAAUGAUGAAGGAGUAUGAAUCAUUGACCAGUGAUUUGCUAGCUUGGAUCGAGGCCACCAUUGAAUCCCUAGGAGACAGACAGUUCUCUAACAGCUUGACUGGCGUUCAAAGUCAGUUGGGCCAGUUCAACAACUACCGUAUUGUGGAGAAACCACCAAAGUUCGUGGAAAAGGGCAACUUAGAAAUCCUUCUUUUCACUCUCCAAUCUAAAAUGCGAGCGAACAACCAACGUCCGUAUACUCCUAGGGAAGGCAAGAUGAUAUCCGAUAUCAACAAAGCUUGGGAGAGACUUGAAAAAGCAGAACACGAAAGAGAACUCGCGCUAAGAGAAGAAUUGAUUCGUCAAGAGAAGCUUGAACAGCUAGCAGCUAGAUUCAACAGGAAAGCUAGCAUGAGAGAAACCUGGUUGAGUGAGAACCAAAGACUGGUAUCUCAAGACAACUUCGGACAAGACUUGGCAGCCGUUGAAGCCGCAGCUAAGAAACACGAGGCUAUCGAAACCGAUAUCUUCGCCUACGAGGAAAGAGUACAGGCCGUAGUCGCUGUGGCUGGGGAACUGGAAGCUGAGAACUACCAUGACAUGGAAAGAAUCAAUGCAAGGAAAGACAAUGUACUAAGACUGUGGAACUACCUUCUGGAAUUGCUUAAAGCACGUAGAAAUCGCUUAGAUCUAUCGUUCCAAUUACAACAAACCUUCCAAGAAAUGCUCCAUAUUCUAGAUGCCAUGGAGGAAUUGAAAGCACGACUGCUUACCGACGAUUACGGUAAACAUCUCAUGGGAGUUGAAGACCUACUACAAAAACAUAACCUUCUCGAGGCCGAUAUCAAUAUCCUCGGAGAUAGAGUCAAAGUUGUCGCCAGCCAAUCACGAAGGUUCGUUGACGCUGAUAAUGAGGAAGGUUACAGACCAUGUGACCCUACUUUGGUUGUAGAAAGAGUACAACAGUUGGAAGAUGCCUACGCACAGCUAGUGAGGCUCGCUGUUGAGAGGAGAUCCAGGCUGGAAGAAAGCAAAAGGCUUUGGCAAUUCUACUGGGACAUGGCUGAUGAAGAAAACUGGAUCAAAGAAAAGGAACAAAUCGUGUCGACAUCAGAUAUUGGCCAUGAUCUCACGACAGUAAAUCUUCUUCUUAGCAAACAUAAGGUCCUAGAAAAUGAAUUGUCUGCUCACGAGUCGCAGCUAGAAGGUGCACUAGGUGUUGGCGAAGAACUGAUCGGUGGAGGUCACUUCGGCGCAGAAAAGAUCCAAGACAGGUUGAACGAGAUCCGCGAUUCCUGGAAGCAUCUUCUAGACCUGGCUGCUUAUCGCCGCAAGCGCUUGGAAGAAGCUGUGGACUACCACCAAUUGUUCGCAGAUGCCGAUGAUGUCGAUAUUUGGAUGCUAGACACCUUGAGACUUGUUUCUAGCGAGGAUGUUGGAAGGGACGAAAGCAAUGCACAGUCGCUUCUGAAGAAACACAAAGAUGUUACCGAAGAACUGAAGAACUAUGUGUCUGUCAUUGAAGCUUUGCAUCAACAGGCUGAAGCUUUGGGACCUGAAGUUGCUAACUCCCCUGAGGUGUCGCAAAGGCUUGCUUCUAUCGAUAACCGUUACAAAGAACUCUUGGAAUUGGCUAAACUCAGGAAACAGCGCUUGCUUGAUGCGCUUUCGCUUUACAAACUACUCUCAGAGAGCGACGGUGUUGAACAAUGGAUCAGUGAGAAAGACAGGAUGUUGCAGACUAUGAUUCCUGCUAGAGAUAUUGAAGAUGUGGAGAUCAUGAAACAUCGUUAUGAUGGUUUCGAGAAAGAGAUGAACUCCAAUGCUUCACGUGUUGCUGUUGUCAACCAACUGGCCCGUCAGUUAUUGCACGUAGAACACCCCAACUCCGAACAAAUCACUGCCAAGCAAAAUCAUCUUAAUCAGAAAUGGGCUGAGCUCAGGGAAAAAGCCGAAGCGAAAAAAGAAGAACUCAACUCUGCUCAUGGCGUACAAACAUUCCAUAUCGAAUGUCGUGAAACUACGACUUGGAUCGAAGACAAGAUUCGUAUUUUACAGACUACCGAUAAUUUAGAAAUGGAUCUCACAGGAAUAAUGACCCUGCAACGUAGACUCUCUGGAAUGGAGCGAGACUUGGCCGCCAUUCAGGCUAAACUCACUUCACUCCAGAAAGAAGCUGAUGCUAUUGAAACUGAGCAUCCUGAAGAAGCUGCAGUCAUCAGAGAACGCAUCGCUCAAAUACAGAUCAUCUGGGAGAGAUUGACACAGAUGCUCAAAGAACGUGACUCAAAACUUGAGGAAGCCGGUGAUCUCCAUAGAUUCCUCCGGGACUUGGAUCACUUCCAGGCAUGGCUUACCAAAACUCAAACUGACAUUGCUUCUGAGGAUACCCCUAGUUCAUUGUCUGAAGCCGAGAAGCUUUUGUCACAACAUCAAGCCAUCAGGGAGGAAAUCGACAACUACACUGAUGACUACACCAAGAUGAUGGAAUAUGGUGAGAAGAUCACUGCAGAACCCAGCACGCAAGACGAUCCUCAGUACAUGUUCUUGAGGGAACGUCUAAAGGCUUUGAAGGAUGGCUGGGCAGAAAUUCACCAAAUGUGGGAAAACAGACAACAACUGUUAUCUCAGUCACUGAGCUUGCAGCUGUUGGAUAGAGAUGCUCGGCAAGCCGAGGUAAUUCUCAACCAGCAGGAACACACUCUUGGUAAAGACGAAAGCCCCACUACUCUAGAACAAGCUGAGAAUCUUCUCAAGCGUCACGAAGCCUUCCUAGCUACAAUGGAAGCCAACGACGAUAAGAUCAACGGAGUGGUUGAAUUCUCGCGGAGACUUUGCGAUGAAGGUCACUUCGCUUCUGAUAAAAUCGCCAAACGCGCUGAUAAUAUAGACGAACGUAGAUUUGCAAACAGAGAGAAAGCUCAGGCUCUUCUGGAAAGGUUGCGUGAUCAGCUAGAGCUCAACCAGUUCCUUAGGGACUGUGAUGAGCUCGGUGAAUGGAUGCAAGAGAAGCACAUCACUGCUCAGGACGAAACAUACAGGUCAGCUAAAACCGUUCACUCGAAAUGGACGAGGCAUCAGGCAUUCGAAGCUGAAAUUGCAGCCAACAAAGAACGGUUGCAUAAUUUACAGAAAGCAGGCGAAGAACUCGCAAAGGAAAAACCAGAGUAUGCUAGUCACAUCCAACCAAAGAUAGAAGAAAUGGCUGACCAGUUUGAUGUAUUGGAGCAGACAACAAAAGAAAAGGGCGAGAGACUCUUCGACGCGAACAGAGAAGUACUCAUUCAUCAAACUUGCGAUGACAUUGAUUCAUGGAUGACGGAACUCGAGAAACAAAUCGAAAGUGAAGACACUGGCUCAGAUUUGGCAUCUGUCAACAUUCUAAUGCAGAAGCAACAGAUGAUCGAGACCCAAAUGGCUGUCAAAGCUCGUCAAGUGGGAGAAUUGGAGAAACAAACUCAGCAUCUAGAGACAGCAGCUCCAGAGAAGGACAUGCAAGAAAUCCAUCACAAGAAAACAAAGGUUGAACAAAGAUUCCAACAACUGAAACAACCUCUUCUGUUGAGACAAAAGAUACUGGAGAAGAAGAAGGAAGCCAUGCAGUUCCGAAGGGACGUGGAAGAAGAACUAUUGUGGAUUGCUGAGAAGAUGCCACAAGCUUUGAACACAGAGUACGGGAACAGUUUAUUCCAGGUGCACAUGUUGGAGAAGAAGACCCAGUCUCUGCAAACUGAAGUUGAUAAUCACGAGCCUAGGAUCAACACUGUGUGUAAUAAUGGGCAAAAACUUAUUGAUGAGGAUCACGAAGAUGCAGCCGACUUCAGUAGGUUGAUCAGCGAACUGCACCAGGCCUGGCAGGAGCUCAAGGACGCCAUCGAUGGGCGGCGCGAGCACCUGCUCAGGAACGAGCGCGCGCAGCAGUACCUCUUCGACGCCAGCGAGGCCGAGAGCUGGAUGAGCGAGCAGGAGCUGUACAUGAUGGUGGAGGACCGUGGAAAGGAUGAAACGUCGGCGCGCAACUGCAUGAAGAAACAUGAGAGCCUCGAGGCGGCUGUCGAAGCCUACGCCGACACGAUACGGGCGCUGGGCGAGACCGUCCGCGCUCUGGCCGCCGAAGGCCACCCGCUGGCCGAGCAGGUGGCUGUCAAGCAGUCGCAGCUCGACAAGCUGUACGCCGGCCUGAAGGACCUGGCAGGGGAGCGAAGAGCGAAGCUGGACGAGGCGCUGCAGCUGUUCCUGCUGAGCAGGGACGUGGGCGACUUGGAGCAGUGGAUAGCCGACCGGGAAGUGGUCGCGUCGUCGCACGAGCUCGGCCAGGACUAUGAUCACGUGACGCUGCUGUGGGAGCGCUUCAAGGAGUUCGCGCACGACACCGAGGCAGUGGGCAGCGAAAGAGUCGCCGCCGUCAAUGACGUCGCCGACAGCCUGAUCGCCGCUGGGCAUUCCGAUUCCGCGCUGAUCGCCGAAUGGAAGGACGGCUUGAACGAGGCGUGGCAGGACCUGCUCGAGCUCAUCGAGACGCGCACGCAGAUGCUGGCCGCCUCCAGGGAGCUGCACAAGUUCUUCCACGACUGCAAGGACAUCCUGAGCAGGAUAGUGGAGCGGCAGGUGUCGAUGUCCGACGAGCUGGGCAGGGACGCGGGCUCGGUGAACGCGCUGCAGCGCAAGCACCAGAACUUCCUGCAGGACCUGCAGACGCUGCAGUACCAGGUGCAGCAGAUCCAGGAGGAGUCCGCCAAGCUGCAGGCCAGCUAUGCGGGCGACAGGGCCAAGGAGAUCACGAACAGGGAGCAAGAAGUGGUGGCCGCUUGGGCUGCACUGCAGGUGGCUUGCGACCAGCGCCAGAGUAAACUGGCCGACACCGGUGACCUCUUCCGCUUCUUCAUCCUCGUGCGCACGCUCACCCAAUGGACGGCCGAAUGGCUGCGCCAGAUGAACACGGGCGAACGGCCGCGCGACGUCAGCGGCGUCGAGCUGCUCAUGAACGACCACCAGACGCUGAAGGCGGAGGUGGAGGCGCGCGAAGACGACUUCGCUGCCUGCGUGGCCUUGGGCAAGGAGCUGCUGAGCAGGGGCCACUACGCCAGCGAGGAGAUCAAGGAGAAGCUGGUGGGGCUGACGGGACACCGGAACGGUGUGCUGCAGCGGUGGGAGGAGAGGUGGGAGAACCUCCAGCUGAUCCUCGAAGUGUACCAGUUCGCGAGAGAUGCGGCCGUCGCUGAGGCGUGGCUGAUCGCGCAAGAGCCCUACCUCAUGAGCCAGGAGCUGGGCCACACCAUCGACGAUGUGGAGAAUCUGAUCAAGAAGCACGAGGCGUUCGAGAAGUCGGCGGCGGCGCAAGAGGAGCGGUUCAGCGCUCUCGAAAGGCUAACGACGUUCGAAUUGAGAGAGAUCAAGAGGAGGCAAGAAGCAGCCCAGGCCGAGGAGAGAGCGAGACGUGAAAAGGAGGAACAAGAAAGGCUGGCGGCCAUUGCCGCAGCGCAACCCAAAGAAGUCGAACAAGUCACCGUGGAUCGGCCCGAUGCCAGUUCGCCCGCUGUGGAGGAACGACCAGUGCAUGAAGAACGCCAGACGAGGCCAGCAACGUUGCCAAACACGCCGGUUAAAUCGUCACCAGCAGCGUCUCCUCGCUCACAGACACUAUCGAGAGCCGAAGAGAAGGCGAAGCGCAAGACGCGCUCGCGCAGCAAGUCUCCCUUCAGGAGUUUCCGCUGGAAGAGGAGCUCCAAGGCCUCGGGGACGCACAGCGACGACGAGGGGGCGUCGGGCUUGUCUGCUACAUCGCAAGAACCAUCCAGCGUAGGAGACGAUGACGACGCGUUCGAGGGCACGCUCGUCCGCAAACACGAGUGGGAGAGCACGACGACGAAGGCGAGCCAACGGUCGUGGGACAAGGUGUUCUGCGUGCUGAAAGGACGCCGGCUGGCCUUCUACAAGGACGGCAAGACGGCGAAGACGACGCCCGAGCAGCGCUUCAAGGCCGAGGCGCCGCUCGACGUGCGCAAGGCGGUGGCGAGCGUAGCGCAGGAUUACAAGAAGAAGAAGCACGUGUUCAGGCUGAAGUUGGAUAGCGGUGGCGAGUUCUUAUUCCAAGCGCACGACGAUGCCGAGAUGAACACAUGGAUAUCCCACAUCACUUCCCAUGCCGAGGCGGACGCUUCGGGUCCCUCGCGGUCGCAAACGCUGCCCGCGUCUGCACAGAAAGAGGACGCCAAACGUCGCAGCUUCUUCACUCUAAAGAAAACAUAAAUUGUACUACCUACUUCUUUUGGUCAUUACCUGUUAUCUUUACGCUUUACCUGAGAGGACUCCUAGUCCAGACUUCGCCCUUUUUUAUAAUUAGCAUAUUUAAUAUAUAUUUUUCUUGUAGUUUGCACAUUAUUAUUAUAGUAAAAUUUAAAUGUAUAGUAAUAUAUUACCAUGUGAUUGAAAAAUUAUUGACUGGGGCACAAAAUAAUCUGUUGGUGAGCCAGUGUUAAUUUAUUGAAAUAAUUGAGAUUGAAGUAAAAAAUGUUAACGUCCCUCUAAAUACCUAAUCUAACAUAAACUCUUUGAAAACAGUUGAUGUUGACAGUUGUUAUGCUGUCGUCUAUGUUUAUAUAAUUUUUAUCAUAAGUUGCAAUAUAUUUUUAGGACUUUGCUUAGCAAAGGACGGUGACGAGUCAUUAUUAUAUAUUAUUUGUAAUUUGUAGAGUUUCGUCUAUUUUACAUAAAUGAAGUGUGCUUUUAAAAAUGGAGUUAUAAUAAAUAUUGUUUUUAGUAGA